AGGGAGGGAGGGAGGGCAGUGCGGAUUCUUUCCCGUCAUUCCCUGCAGCAGCAGCAGCAGCAGCUCCCUCCUCCUCUUCCUCCUCCUCCUCCUGUCUGUCUCUCAGUCUGUCCUCUCUCUGUCUCCGACUCUUCUUCGUCUCAGCUCAACUUCGCAGACUCGCUGUGAUCUUCUGAGCAGGGCUCGGCCUGAAACCGCCGAUGUGGACGCGUCCCCGCUGACUUUGAGGCGUGAGUCAGAGGUGAAAGGUCAUGAUGACGACGGUGGCCGCCGAUUUCGACCACAAUGAGCUGCAACAGCAGUACAGCAGCACCAACAAUGACACGGUCAACAACCGCUGGGACGAGGACUGGGACAACGAGAACAGCUCGGCCCGCCUCUUCGAACGCUCGCGCAUCAAGGCGCUCGCAGAUGAGCGGGAGGCGGUGCAGAAGAAGACCUUCACUAAGUGGGUGAACUCUCACCUGUCCAGAGUCUCCUGCAGGAUCACAGACCUGUACGUGGACCUGAGGGACGGACGCAUGCUCAUCAAGCUGCUGGAGGUCCUGUCUGGAGAGAGACUGCCUAAGCCCACUAAAGGUCGGAUGCGUAUUCACUGUCUGGAGAACGUUGAUAAAGCUCUCCAGUUCCUGAAGGAGCAGCGGGUUCACCUGGAGAACAUGGGUUGUCACGACAUCGUGGACGGGAACCACCGUCUGACGCUGGGCCUCAUCUGGACCAUCAUCCUCCGCUUCACGAUCCAGGACAUCAGCGUGGAGACUGAAGACAACAAAGAGAAGAGAUCAGCUAAAGACGCUCUGCUGCUCUGGUGUCAGAUGAAGACGGCAGGGUAUUCCAACGUGAACAUCCACAACUUCAGCACCAGCUGGAGAGACGGCAUGGCCUUCAACGCUCUCAUCCACAAACACAGGCCCGAUCUGAUCGACUUUGACAAACUGAAGAAGUCCAACGCUCAUCACAACCUGCAAAAUGCUUUCAACCUGGCGGAGCAACACCUGGGCCUCACCAGUCUGCUGGAUCCAGAGGAUAUCAGUGUGGACCAUCCUGAUGAGAAGUCAGUCAUCACCUACGUGGUGACGUUCUACCACUACUUCUCUAAAAUGAAAGCUCUGAAGGUGGAGGGCAAACGCAUCGGGAAGGUGUUGGAUAACGCCAUCGAGACGGAGAAGAUGGUCGAGAAGUACGAGUCUCUGGCCUCAGACCUGCUGGAAUGGAUCGAACAGACCAUCAUCAUCCUCAACAACAGGAAGUUCGCCAACUCUCUGGUCGGAGUCCAGCAGCAGCUUCAGGCCUUCAACACCUACCGGACCGUGGAGAAACCUCCAAAGUUCACAGAGAAGGGAAACCUGGAGGUUCUUCUGUUCACCAUCCAGAGUAAGAUGAGAGCCAACAACCAGAAGGUCUACAUGCCCCGAGAGGGAAAACUCAUCUCAGAUAUCAACAAGGCCUGGGAGCGACUGGAGAAGGCGGAGCAUGAGAGGGAGCUGGCUCUGAGGACCGAGCUGAUUCGUCAGGAGAAACUGGAACAACUUGCCAGACGCUUCGACCGCAAGGCGGCCAUGAGAGAGACCUGGCUCAGUGAAAACCAGAGACUGGUGUCACAGGACAACUUUGGUUUCGACCUUCAGGCUGUCGAGGCGGCCACCAAGAAGCACGAGGCGAUCGAGACGGACAUCACGGCGUACGAGGAGCGUGUCCAGGCCGUGGUUUCUGUGGCGAGGGAGCUGGAGGUGGAGCACUACCACGACAUCAAACGCAUCACGGCGAGGAAGGACAACGUGAUCCGUCUGUGGGAGUACCUGCUGGAGCUGCUGAAGGCCCGCAGGCUGAGACUGGAGAUGAACCUGGGCCUGCAGAGAGUCUUCCAGGAGAUGCUCUACAUCAUGGACUGGAUGGACGAGAUGAAGAUGAUGCUGCUGUCUCAGGAUUAUGGGAAGCAUCUAUUAGGGGUGGAGGACCUGCUGCAGAAACACGCCCUGGUGGAGGCAGACAUCGCCAUCCAGGCUGACCGAGUGAAGGCAGUCAGCACCAACGCCACCAAAUUCUCCGUCAACGACGACGGCUACAAGCCCUGCGACCCUCAGGUCAUCCAGGACCGGGUCUCUCACCUGGAGUUCUGCUACCAGGAGCUGACCCAGCUGGCCGCUGAGCGCCGCGCCCGCCUGGAGGAGUCCCGCCGUCUCUGGAAGUUCUUCUGGGAGAUGGCCGAGGAGGAGGGCUGGAUCCGUGAGAAGGAGCAGAUCCUGUCGUCUGUCGAGCACGGCAAGGACCUCACGGGGGCGCUACGCCUCCUCAGCCAGCAACGCGCUCUGGAGGAUGAGAUGAGCGGCCGCGCCGGCCACCUCAAGUACACCAUCGCAGAGGGUCAGGAAAUGGUCCAGGCCGACCACUUUGCUGCCACCAAGAUCCAGGAGCGCAUCGAUGACCUGCAGGCUCAGUGGGCGGCGCUGGAGCAGCUGGCGGCGGUGAGGAAGAAGAGGCUGGAAGAGGCUCUGGCGCUGCACCAGUUCCAGGCUGAUGCAGAUGAUGUUGACGCCUGGACGCUGGACGCCCUGCGCAUCGUCUCCAGUGGAGAGACUGGCCAUGACGAAUUCUCCACACAGGCUCUCGUCAGGAAGCACAAGGACGCGGCGGCAGAAGUGGCCAGCUACCGCCCGGUCAUCGACUCGCUCCACGAGCAGGCCGCCUUACUGCCUAAAGAGGAUGCGGAGUCAGAGGAGGUGCGUGGACGUCUGGUUGGCAUCGAGGAACGCUACAAGGAGGUGUCAGAACUGACGAAGCUGAGGAAGCAGGUGCUGCAGGACGCUCUGGCGCUCUACAAGAUGUUCAGCGAGGCAAACGCCUGUGAGGUUUGGAUCGACGAGAAGGAGCAGUGGCUGAACAGCAUGGAGAUCCCCGAAAAACUGGAGGACCUGGAGGUCAUACAGCACAGGUUUGAGAGUCUCGAGCCGGAGAUGAACAACCAGGCGUCUCGUGUCGCUGUGGUGAACCAGAUUGCCCGGCAGCUGAUGCACAAUGGUCACCCGGCGGAAAAGGACAUCAAGAGCCAGCAGGACAAACUCAACAACAGGUGGAGCCAGUUCCGCGACCUGGUGGACCUGAAGAAGGAUUCCCUGAACUCGGCUCUGGGUGUGCAGAACUACCACCUCGACUGCAACGAGACCAAGUCCUGGAUCAAAGAGAAGACUAAAGUCAUCGAGUCCACCCAGGAGCUGGGCAAUGACCUCACUGGGGUCAUGGCCCUGCAGCGCAAACUGACCGGAAUGGAGCGCGACCUGGCCGCCAUCGAGGACAAACUGGCCGAUCUGCGAGGCGAGGCCCAGCGGCUGGCAGAGGAGCACCCGGACCAGGCGAAGGCCAUCACGGGCCGCCUGGCUGAGAUCACCGCCGUCUGGGAGGAAAUGAAGAACACUCUGAAGAACCGCGAGGAGUCACUGGGCGAGGCCAGGAAGCUACAGCAGUUCCUGCGCGAGCUGGACGACUUCCAGUCCUGGCUGUCUCGCACUCAGACGGCCAUCGCCUCCGAGGACAUGCCCAACACGCUGGCCGAGGCCGAGAAGCUCAUGGCCCAGCACGAAAACAUCAAGAACGAGGUCCAGAACUACGAGGAGGACUACCAGAAGAUGCGUGACAUGGGAGAGAUGGUGACGCAGGGCCAGACGGACGCGCAGUACAUGUUCCUUCGACAGAGGCUGCAGGCGCUCGACACCGGCUGGAACGAACUGCACAAGAUGUGGGAGAACCGACAGAACCUGCUGUCUCAGUCUCACGCCUAUCAGCUCUUCCUUAGAGACACCAAGCAGGCCGAGGCGUUCCUCAACAACCAGGAGUACGUCCUGGCUCACACCGAGAUGCCCACCACUCUGGAGGGCGCCGAGGCCGCCAUCAAGAAGCAGGAGGACUUCAUGACCACCAUGGACGCCAACGAAGACAAGAUCAACGGCGUGGUGGAGGCCGGCAGGCGGCUGGCCAGCGACGGAAACAUCAACGCCGAACGUAUCCAGGAGAGAGUCGCCUCCAUCGACGACAGGCAUAAGAAGAACAGGGAGGCUGCAGUGGAGCUGCUGAUGAGGCUGAAGGACAACAGAGACCUGCAGAAGUUCCUGCAGGACUGCCAGGAGCUGUCGCUGUGGAUCAAUGAGAAGAUGCUCACGGCUCAGGACAUGACCUACGACGAAGCCAGGAACCUGCACAGCAAGUGGCUGAAGCACCAGGCCUUCAUGGCCGAACUGCAGUCCAACAAAGAGUGGCUGGACAAGAUCCAGAAGGACGGCAUGCUGCUGGUGUCAGAGAAGCCGGAGACGGAGGCGGUGGUGAAGGAGAAGCUGUCUUCGCUCCACGCCAUGUGGGAGGAGCUGGAGUCCACCACGCAGACCAAAGCUCAGUGUCUGUUCGACGCCAACAAGUCGGAGCUGUUCACUCAGAGCUGUGCCGACCUGGACAAGUGGAUGGGAGGCAUGGAGGGUCAGAUCCAGUCCGACGACUACGGCAAAGACCUGACCUCCGUCAACAUCCUGCUCAAAAAACAACAGAUGCUGGAGAAGCAGGUGGAGGUGCGCCAGCGGGAGGUGGUGGAGCUGCAGAGCCAGGUGAAGGCUCUGGGUCAGGAGGUGAAGGACACCGACGAGGUGGACGGGCGGCGGCAGCUGGUGGAGACGAAGUUCCAGCAGCUGUUGGACCCACUGAGACGCCGCAGAGACUUCCUGGUCGAGUCCAGAGAAGUUCACCAGUUCAACCGAGACGUGGAGGACGAGAUACUGUGGGUUCAAGAGAGGAAUGCCGUGGCCACGUCCACCGACCACGGACACAACCUGCAGACCGUCCAGCUGCUCAUCAAGAAGAACCAGACUCUGCAGAAGGAGAUCCAGGGUCAUCAGCCUCGUAUCGACGACAUCCUGGAGCGCAGUCAGAGCCUCCUGAAGGACGACUCCUCCAACGCAGAUGUGAUCCGCCAGCGUCUCGCCGACCUGCGGGAGCUGUGGAGGCAGCUGAUGGAGGAGGCUGAGCGCCGCCACGGCCGCCUGGAGGAGGCGCACAAGGCCCAGCAGUACUACUUUGAUGCGGCCGAGGCCGAGGCCUGGAUGAGCGAGCAGGAGCUGUACAUGAUGUCAGAGGAGAAGGCCAAGGACGAGCUGAGCGCCGUCACCAUGCAGAAGAAGCACCAGAUCGUGGAGCAGGCGGUGGAGGACUACGCCGAGAGCGUCCACCAGUUGUCCAAAACCAGCAGAGGACUGGUGGCUGACGGACACCCCGAGAGUGAGCGGAUCAGCAUGCGCCAGUCUCAGGUGGAUAAGCUGUACGCCGGCCUGAAGGACUUAUCAGAGGAGAGGCGGGGCAAACUGGACGAGAGGCUCCGCCUCUUCCAGCUGAACCGGGAGGUGGACGACCUCGAGCAGUGGAUCGCUGAGCGGGAGGUUGUGGCCGGGUCGCACGAGCUGGGACAGGACUACGAACACGUGACUAUGUUGCAGGAGCGUUUCCGUGAGUUCGCUCGGGACACCGGGAACAUCGGUCAGGAGCGCGUGGACGCCGUCAACCGUCUGGCGGACGAGCUGAUCAACGCCGGUCACGGCGACGCGGCAACUGUGGCGGAGUGGAAGGACGGGCUGAACGAGGCCUGGGCCGACCUGCUGGAGCUCAUCGACACCAGGACGCAGAUCCUCGCCGCCUCCUUCGAGCUCCAUAAGUUCUACCACGACGCCAAGGAGAUCCUGGGACGCAUCAUGGACAAACAGAAGAAGCUGCCGGAGGAGGUCGGCCGCGACCAGAACACCGUGGAGACGCUGCAGAGGAUGCACACCACCUUCGAACACGACAUCCAGGCCUUGGGAACACAGGUGAGGCAGCUGCAGGAUGACGCGGUGCGCCUCCAGUCGGCGUAUGCCGGAGAUAAAGCCGACGACAUCCAGCGGCGGGAGAGCGACGUGCUGGAGGCCUGGAGGAGUCUGCUGGAGGCCUGCGACGGACGCAGGGUCCGCCUCCUCGACACCGGGGACAAGUUCAGGUUCUUCAGCAUGGUCCGAGACCUGAUGCUGUGGAUGGACGACGUGAUCCGGCUCAUCGAGGCCCAGGAGAACCCCAGAGACGUGUCGUCAGUGGAGCUGCUGAUGAACAACCAUCAGGGCAUCAAGGCGGAGAUCGACGCCCGAAACGACAGCUUCACGGCCUGCAUCGAGCUGGGGAAGUCCCUGCUCGCCAGAAAACACUACGCUUCAGAGGAGAUUAAAGAGAAGCUGCUGCAGCUGACGGACAAGAGGAAAGAGAUGAUUGACAAGUGGGAGGACCGAUGGGAGUGGCUACGACUCAUCCUGGAGGUGCACCAGUUCUCGCGGGACGCCGGCGUGGCCGAGGCCUGGCUGCUGGGUCAGGAGCCCUACCUGUCCAGCAGGGAGAUGGGUCAGAGCGUAGACGAGGUGGAGAAGCUCAUCAAACGCCACGAGGCCUUCGAGAAGUCCGCCGCCACCUGGGAGGAACGCUUCUCUGCUCUGGAGAGGCUGACCACGCUGGAGCUGCUGGAGGUGAGGAGGCAGCAGGAGGAAGAGGAGAGGAUGAGGAGGCCUCCGUCUCCAGAGCCGGUGGUGUUUCAGGAGGAGGAGGAUCAGCAGCAGCAGAGUGGAGUUAUCACUCAGAACGGACUCCCGUCAGACCAGGACUCUCCUCGGGAUGGCGUGGACGGUGGAGAUCUGGUGAACGGCGUCGCCGAGCGGAGCUCCAAGGAGCCGAGCCCCGGCGCCUCGCCGACCUCCGGCAGGAAGAGUAAAACCAGCCAGUCAUCCACGCUGCCCUCCAAGAACCAGGACUCGCCCUCCUCGCAGCUGGAGGGACUCCUGCACCGCAAACACGAGUGGGAGGCGCCCAGCAAGAAGGCCUCCAACAGGUCGUGGCACAACGUGUACUGUGUCAUCAACAACCAGGAGGUGGGUUUCUAUAAAGACAGCAAGGCGGCGGCUCAGGGAGUCCCGUACCACAGCGAGGUUCCCGUCAGCCUGAAGGAUGCCGCGUGUGACGUGGCGUCAGACUACAAGAAGAAGAAACACGUCUUCAAACUGCGAGUCACUGAUGGAAACGAGUUUCUGUUUCAAGCCAAAGACGAAGAGGAGAUGAGCACCUGGAUCCAGGCCAUCCUGAACGCCGGCGCCGACCGCUCCGACAUGCAGGGCAGCCACCCCGGCACUCCGGCGUCUGGCCGCGCUCAGACGCUGCCGGCCGCCGUCACGCUCACCACCGAGUCGAGUCCCGGCAAGAGAGAGAAGGACAAAGAGAAGGACAAAGAGAAACGCUUCAGUCUGUUCAGCAAGAAGAAACAGUAGAACGGCAAACUCGCCGCGCUUUGGUGAAACCGCUGCAGUCCGAUCCGCAUGCUCUCACGCGGGACGCUCUGACGCAGGACGCUCUGAUGCGGGACGCGUCACAUUUAGCUUCUCAUCACCGUCAGCUGGAAACACAAAGAACUGGAACCUGCGUCAGAGCGUCCUGCGUCAGAGCUGCGCUUCGCUCCGUGAAGGUCUCUGAUAUUAAAGCAGCGUUAUUAUUAAACCUGCUCUGAAUAGACCUUCGUGUACCAGCCGCCAACCCUCCGACAUUUCCUGUUCCUACAGAAACGUUAAAGUUCACCUCGCUGAUGUCAGUCAGACGUCGUCGACGUCAGACUAAACUGGAAACACAGAUUGUGACGAAUGAAUUGAAUUCGGUGUGAACUAUCUCCAUAAAGGGCGCCGUGCACGCCGUACGUGCUGUUAGAGGAUGAGUGAUCCCUUUAAACAGCAAACUAAUACACCAGGCGUUGACAUCACUCCUGAUGUCACUACUGAACAGCCAAUGACGGAGGUCAGGAGCUGAGGAGCAGAAAACUGUAAAAGUUUCACCAAAGUGACGUCGUUGUUUUUGUGUUUAUUCUCAAAGCAGUUUAGUUUUUUAAUAUUUCUGGUUUGAUUUUCUUUGUGUGGUCGCUGGUCGGUCGGGAGGGAGGCGAUGCGACGCGACGCCGUGCCCAAGAGCCAGAGUGGCGGUUUCGGCUCAGACGUUGUGAUGUAAUAGUGCUUCAUCAUCGACGAACCGACGGACAAAAGAGCGAGAUUGGCGGCGGUUUCUAUUUAUACGUUGUGAUUGUAACUGAUUGGGUUUAGAUGACGGCUGUCAAUCAAUUAUAAUAUUUAAUCAGAAAUUAAUCCUUCGUACUUUAUUUGUCCUAAAUGUACCCUAAAGGGAGAUUAGUCAAGUAUUUAAUAAUCUUAUCAACAUGGAAGUGGGCAAAUAUGCUG